AUGAUAUUCGAGGCUCUCAGACGACACGGAACAAGAGCAGAACUCCUCAUGCUGUAUCCCCAAGAAUGGGAAGUGUCUAGUGGUGUAUUCGAAGAUGAGACGGAUGCUACCAACUAUGAAGGAAAGCUACUUGCUCGGGCUCGGGGUAGAUAUGGGGCACGAUUAAGUCCUAUUCAAGUGCAGACUUACGAGAACAAGAAUGAUACGACUUGGCAGGAUAGCUAUACAAAGCUGUUAGCAUUCAACCAGACUCAGUAUAAGCGCGUCAUUGCUUUGGAUUCUGAUGGAACGCUGUUCAAUAACAUGGAUGAGCUCUUCUUCCUUCCUACAACUCCAGUCGCAAUGCCUCGCGCAUACUGGCUCGACCGGUUUUUCCUGUCGUCUUUGCUUGUAGUCAUCGAGCCGUCGGAAGAUAGCUGGCAACGGGUGCAGGACGCGAUGGAACACCACGAAGGCAAUGAUUACGAUAUGGAAAUAUUGAACAAGGUGUUCGGUAACUCUGCCCUGGCGCUCCUACCUCGCAGAUACGCUCUGUUGACUCGCACCUUUGGUCAACAGGCCAAUGAGCGUGAAGCGUAUCUUGGUUCGCCAACAAAUAGUUGGAAUGCACGAGAAGUGAUAGAGGAAGCUAAGUUCGUCCAUUUCUCAGACUGGCCAUUGCCGAAGCCUUGGUUGAAGGCGACAGAGAAGCAAAUUUCAGAGCAACAACCUCAAUGCAGGUCCACAUCGGAAGGCAAGCCGGAUUGUACGGACCGGGAAGUGUGGUUGGAGCUUCGUAAGGACUUUUCGGAGCGACGUCUGCGCAUUUGCGGUAAAUCUUAUGACAGUCUGGUUCUGGACACCGAUACUCGUUCAAAGGGGACUGAGGUGUUGUAG